CUGCUGCCACCACUUACCCUUCCGAAACCGACUCACCACCCCAAAAAGAAAAAACCAAACCAACAGCCUUCCACAAGCAAACCACAAUGGCCAGCCCACAAAACACCCUCGCCCAACACUUCAAAUCCCUCCACCGCCCGCACAUCCCGCUAGUCCUCGCCAACGUCUACGACGCGGCCACCGCCCAAGCCGUCGCCUCCCUCCCGUGCGCCCGAGCCAUCGCAACCGCCAGCUACGCCGUCGCCGCCGCAGCCGGCACGUCGGACGAGGCCCUCCCGCUCGCGGAGCUCCUCCGCUCCGCGACCUCCAUCGCCUCCGCCGUCCGCCCCACCGGCAAACCCCUCAGCGUCGACAUCCGCGACGGCUACAACACCGACCUCCCCAUGAUCGUCCAGGAGCUCCUGGAUGCAGGCGUGGUCGGCGUCAACCUGGAGGAUUUCGACAACGCCGCUCAGACGAUGUACAGUCCCGCGGACGCGGUCCAGCGGAUCCGGACGGUGCUGGACACGGCGCGCGCGGCGGGCGUGCCGGACUUUGUGGUCAAUGCGCGCUGCGACGCGCUGCUCUAUGGCGGGACGCUGGAGGAGGUGGUGGUGCGUGGGCGAGAUUAUCUUGCGGCGGGCGCGACGACGGUGUUUGUGUGGGGCGGGUCUAAGAGGGGCGGGAUUACGCGGGAGGAGGUGGCGCGGUUGGUCGAGGCGUUUGAGGGGCGGUUGAAUGUCAAGGUCGUUCCGGGCGGGCUGUCUACGAAGGAGCUGGCGGGGAUGGGGGUGGCUAGGCUAAGUGUUGGGCCUGGGUUGUUGGUGGCGGCGUUGGAGCGGGUGAGGGAGGUUGCUGAGGGGUGGCUGAGGGGAUAGGGGCUGUGAAGUUGUAAAACUGUUGGUGAGGAAGAGCCUAGAUGGUGGAAGUGAGAUUUGAUUGGGUUUGAUGCAUGUGGGUGUGAUUCAAAGAAGCAAGC